UUAGAGACAGGAUCUCACUAAGUUGCUUAGGGCCUUGCUAAAUUUCUGAGGCUGGUUUUAAAUUAGUGAUCCUCCUGCCUCAGCCUCCCAAGUCUCUGUGAUUACAGGUGUGCACCACAGCACCCAUUUAAAAUGGCCAUUCUUGAGCCCUACUCCACACCUGUGGAAUCAGAAACUAGGAUGGAACCCAGUGAUCUGAAACUUUAUCAAGCCCUUUGGGUGACUCAGAUGCACACUAAAGUUUGAGAGUCACUGGACUGGAGAGUAACAGGGAUAUCAUCCAGGAAGGGUAGCUGGAAACAGCCACUGUGAAGGAGAUGGUAUUUAUUGUCCGUCUCUCCUUUUAGAGUAGAAAUCACUCAUGGGUGAGGAUUUUUUUUCUGUCCUGCCCUCUGUUCCAUAUAAUACUAAGAACUAUAUCUGGCUUCCAAUAGGUGUUCAAUAAAUGUUCAGUGAAUCAACACAGCAAACACAGGACACCUCCUAUAUGCUAGGCACUGUUUUAAGGAUUUCUAAAUAUCUUAACUCCCUAUCUUCUCAACAAACCCACACAACUAUGUCAUAGGUGCUUUCUGUGUAUACAUUUUACAGAGGAGGAAGCAGGCAGGAGGAGUGGUACCUGCCCAAGGGUACUCUGAUUAAACAUGGCUCAGCUGAUUUCCUCCUAUUCACCCCUGCCCCAAUCCCUGAAGGUGUCCUUAGCUGGGCCCCCAGGGCAGUGGAUAUCCCCAAUUCCACCCUUUCUGAAUCCUUCCCCACACCCUGCCACUUCCCCUUCUCACUUCCCUUGUUGUAACCUCCUCCCGUAUGCUGACCACAGGGAACCUCACUUUUAGGAAAGAGGAGGGUGGGGUUAAGUCAGGAUGGAAGAUGAAGCAAUUGCCACCCAUGAGGAGGGCCAUUGUCAUUUUACCCUUGUUUAACACCCCCAUGAGCUUGACCCUGUAGUGUGGUCAAGAUUGUACAUUUUACAUGCAGGGAAACAGACCCAGAGAGGUUGAAGUGACUUGUCCAAGGUCGCACAUCAAUAAGAUUCAUCCUGCUCUAAACGCUGAAGCUCCAUUGCCUUUCAUUAAGAACUUGUCCAAGAAGUGAGGACUGAACACUAAGGUUGCUGAGUGGAGCAGAGAAACAGUGUGAGGUGCUGGGGAUUGGGUGACAAACAAAACAGAACCAAGGGUAACACAGGAAAUGGGGAGGAGAGAGAAGAGGAGGAGUCUGAGGGGACAAAACAGAGGUCAGAGCUCAAGAGGCCUGCAUGAUAUCCUUCUAGUUCCUCCUGUGGCAGGUUCCUCUUUCCAGAAGCAGGUCAGCCCAGAUAAAGCCAGACCUCCUCACUGGUGAGGGCACAGGGGCGCCACGCUCAACAUGACUACCCGAGCGCAGGCCCCUCAGUCACUGUUGCUGCUACUGCUCACCCUGCCAACCACAGGCUCAGACCCUGUGCUCUGCUUCAGCCAAUAUGAAGAAGACUCUGGCAGGUGCAAGGGCCUCCUAGGGGGAGGCGUCAGUGUGGAGGAUUGCUGUCUCAAUGCUGCCUAUGCCUUCCAGGAGAGUGGCAGUGGGCUCUGUCGGGCAUGCAGGCUCCCACGAUGGUCACCAUGGUCCUCUUGGGCCCCCUGCUCAGUGACAUGCUCUGAAGGCUCCCAGCUGCGACAUCGGCGCUGUAUGGGCAGAGGUGGUCACUGCCCUGAAAAGGUGGCUCCUGGGACCCUUGAGUGGCAGCUACAGGCUUGUGAAGACCAGCCCUGCUGUCCUGAGAUAGGUGGCUGGUCUGAAUGGGCACCCUGGGGGCCUUGCUCUGUCACCUGCUCCAAAGGAAUCCAGACCCGCAAGCGACUAUGUGAUCGACCUGCCCCCAAGUGUGGGGGCCACUGCCCAGGAGAGGCACAGGAGUCAAAGCCCUGCGACACCCAGAAGGUCUGCCCCACACAUGGGGCCUGGGCUGCCUGGGGCCCUUGGAGCCCCUGUUCAGGCACCUGCCAUGGUGGACCCCACAAGCCUACAGAAACACGAAGCCGCACAUGCUCUGCACCUGAGCCCUCCAAGCAGCCUCCUGGGAAGCCCUGCCCAGGAACAGCCAAUGAGCAACGGGGCUGCACUGGCCUGCCACCCUGUCCAGUGGCUGGAGGCUGGGGGCCAUGGAGCCCUGUGUCUCCUUGCUCUGUGACCUGUGGCCUGGGCCAGACCCUGGAACGAAGGACAUGUGAUCACCCUGUGCCCCAGCAUGGGGGCCCUGCCUGUGUUGGUGAUGCUACCCGGACCCACAUCUGCAACACAGCCAUCCCCUGCCCUGUGGAUGGACAGUGGGAAGCCUGGGGAAAGUGGAGCAUCUGCUCCCGCCUCAACUUGAAGUCUAUCAGCUGUGAGGAAAUCCCAGGCCAGCAGUCACGCUCAAGGACCUGUGUGGGCCGCAAGUUUAAUGGACAGCGAUGUGCUGGGAACUAUCAGGAUAUCCGACACUGCUACAAUAUCCAGAACUGCCUCUUGAAAGGCCAGUGGUCACAGUGGAGUACCUGGGGAUUGUGUACACCCCCAUGUGGACCCAACCCCAUCCGUGUCCGCCAGCGCCAGUGCACAGCCUUGCUCCCCAAGUUCUCGCCCACUGUUUCCACGGUUGAAGGCCAGGGUGAGAAGAAUGUGACCUUCUGGGGGAAUCCACGGCCAAUGUGCGAGGAGCUGCAGGGGCAGAAGCUGGUGGUGAAGGAGCAACGGCCAUGUCUACAUGCACCUGCCUGCACAGACCCUGAGGAAUAGAAAUCCUAAUAUCUGUCGCUUCUACUCUGUUCCCCUUACCUCUCAGACUUCAAUAAAUCAUCCUCUUGGGGC